GUUAUUCAAAUCAAACAGCAUCGGAUACAUCAUCAACAACAGCAAUGGCUGCCGCAUAUUCAUCAUUUUUACAUGGUUCCAAUAAUAACCAUGGUAGUAAUAAUCAAAAUAAUAAUAAAUCCAGUCAGAUUUCCAAUUCAUUAAGUAUUACUUCUUGUUCUUCUCAAUCACCUCGAAUACCUCCACUUUCUUCUACUCAUCAUCAUCAUCAUCAACAUUCACCAUCAUCAUCAUCGCCAUUAGAAUUUGCUUCCAUGGCCAACAACAACAGCAACAACAAUCAUCAUCAUCAACAGAAUUUUUCAUCUGCAUUAUCAUUUCUGCAGAAUCUUGCCUCAAGUAAUUAUUCAAAUACCAACAACAACAACAAUAAUAAUAAUUCCAGUCAUUCAUUGCUGCCAUCUAAUAAUAAUAAUACUCCAUUAUUUCAUCAAUCUGCCAAUGAUCAAUUAUUUAGCCAAGCCAUGAAUCUUUCCUCAACAAAUACGAAUACGAAUAAUAAUGUUGACAAUACAUUAUAUUCAUCAUUGAAUAAUCAUUUUAAUCUAAUUAAUCAACAACGAAAUGUAUUAGAAUCAUCAUCAUUUAAAAUGAAAGCCAAUUCUUCACCACCGAAUCCAUCAUCUCAUCAUCCGCUUCAUCAUCAUAAUCAAUUAAUUAAUAAAUCGCCAUAUCAUCAUCAAUAUAGUAAAUUAUUAAGAAAUAAAUACGCUUCUUCAUCCAGUCAACAACAACAACAACAGCAGCAGCAGCAAUCUAAAAAUAAUCCAUUUGAAACAUUUAAUCGAACAAUACCGAAUUCAUCACCAUCGAAUACUCAUUCACCAUCAUCAGCCAUGGUCAAUAUGAAAAGCGAUUCGCCAACAAGUCGACCAUCAAGUACAUCAUCAUUCUCGAUGAUGAUGAAUACACAACAACAACAUUCAACAGCAAACGAUACGACUAAUAUAGCGGCGGCGGCGGUGGCAAGCAAUUGUCAAGCCGAUAAUAAUCUUGCCAUACAAUUACAAGAUGUAUUUCAAGAGGCACAUGCAGCAGCAUUUGCAGCCGCUGCAUUUCCAUCGUUAUUGAAUGAAACAUUUAAAUUUUUAUCCGCCACGGCUGCUACCAAUCCACAGAUGGCAGCCGCAUUAGCACAGACAUUAUAUAAUCAAAAUUUAUUGAAAAAUUUUGAUCUAACAAUGGCAACAGCAACAGCGGCCGCUGUUGUAGCUGCAUCCAAUAAUAAUAAUAACAAUGAUAAUCAAUCUGAUAGAUCAUUGAUGAUUGAUAAAUGUCGAAUCAAUGAUUUAUCUAUAGAUCAUUCGCCUUUCGUUUCAUUAGGAGCAAAUUUCCGUUCUGAUCUCGAUAAUAAUACUUUCUAUCAACAACAUCCUCAACAACAAGAUCAACCAUUAAAUAUGGCCGUUAGAGAUAAGACAAACAUUUUAAAAGUGUUGCGUACAUUAAUGCGUGCAGGUAACACUGCAGGUAUUCAGGUGGCUAAUACUACUACUACUACUACUACUAGUAUUCCUGAAACAUUCCAUGCAUUAGUAGUACCUACAUCGGAUUCUCAUGGAUCUGAAUAUAUUGCACCAUGUGAUGCAAGACGUGCAUUUCUUACUGAUUUUACUGGAUCGGCUGGUACAGCCGUUGUAACGUUGAAUGAAGCAGCUUUAUGGACUGAUGGAAGAUAUUUUCUACAAGCCGAACGUGAAUUGAAUAAACAUCAUUGGAUAUUGAUGAAACAAUAUCAACCUGAUACGCCCACUAUCGGUGAAUGGUUGAAUAAAGUUUUGACACCAGGUUCACGUGUUGGCGUUGAUGCAUACACUUUAUCCUAUGAUACAUGGACAAAAUUGGAACAGGAACUUUUACUUUGUGGCAAUCAAUUAGUACAGACGCCAGUUAAUUUGGUUGACCAAAUUUGGACAUGGCGUCCAGAAAAGCCAUCUGAACCUGUCAUAACAUUGGAAAUGAAAUUUGCCGGCAAAUCAUGGAAUGAUAAAUUGAUUCAAUUGCGUGAAAAAAUGUUGAAAAAAGAUGCUUCAUUAUUAGUGUUGACAGCAUUAGAUGAUAUUGCAUGGUUAUUCAAUCUACGUGGAUCGGAUAUUGAUUAUAAUCCAGUGUUUUUCUCCUAUGCAAUUGUAUCGAUGAAUCGUGCUUAUUUAUUUAUUGAUGAAUCCAAACUGAAUGAACAAUCAUUGAAACAUUUGGGCAUCAAUGAAGACACGAACAUAAUGUGUGAUUCAAAAUCAACAACAACAUCGUCACCAUCAUCAUCGACACGUUCAUCACCAAGUGUUCGAUCGACAAACAAUAAUGGUGGCCAACAAUCACCACAAUCGAUGAUAAUAACCAAAGAACAUGAAAUCACCGAUCAAAUGUCAAUGUCCUUGAUUGAAAUACAUCCAUAUGAAUCGAUUACGGAAUUUAUUCGAUCUUUUGUCAGCAUAAAUCCAAGCGAUAAAAUUUGGAUUAGCAAUAAGUCGAGCUACGCACUAGUCAAUUUGAUACCGGAAUCUCGAAGGAUUUUGACUGGCGUUAGUCCCGUUUGUUGUUUGAAAGCAAUUAAGAAUCAAAUUGAAUUGGAUGGAAUGCGUCGUGCUCAUAUCAAAGAUGCUGUAGCACUUUGUGAACUUUUUGCUUGGAUCGAAGAUGAAGUUAUAAACAACAACAACAAUGGUGGUAAUAAUAAUGACAAAAAAACAUCAACAUUGGCUGAUUCGAAAAACAACAGUGGCAAUGAUAUUGCUAUUGCCCCAUUGUCGCCCAACUCUCAAACAUCAACGUCGUCGUCAUCAUCGUCAUCAUCAUCAUCAACUUGUCAGCUUUCCACAGCAACAGUGGUUGUUGAUGAAUUAAAUGUUGACGUUAAACUAGAAGAAUUGAGAAGGAAACAAAAAGAUUAUGUUGGACCAAGUUUUGACACGAUUGCCGGAUCUGGACCAAACAGUGCUAUUAUUCAUUAUAGUAGUACAGAGGAAACUAAUCGUCCGAUUACGAUGAAUGAAAUGUUUUUACUUGAUUGUGGUGCACAAUUUCGUGAUGGAACUACCGAUGUAACUCGUACGAUUCAUUUGGGUACGCCAUCCGCUUAUGAAAAAGAAUGUUUCACUCGUGUGGUCAAAGGACACAUAUCAUUAGCACAGGCUCGUUUUCCUCGAUUAACCAAAGGUCAAUUUUUGGAUGCAUACGCUAGACGUGCAUUAUGGGAUGUUGGUCUUGAUUAUAAUCACGGUACUGGACAUGGUGUAGGAAUGUUUUUGAAUGUUCAUGAGCCACCUAUCGGUAUAGCUAAUCGAAUUAAUCUCGAUGAUCCUGGUCUUGAUGAACACAUGAUUCUAUCGAAUGAACCCGGUUUCUAUGAACCAAAUCAAUUUGGCAUUCGUAUUGAAAGUUUAGUCGUCACAAAAAAGGAUAAUCUCAAGUACAAUUUCAAUGAUCGUGGUUAUCUUUGUUUCGAAACCAUCACAUUGGUGCCAAUUCAAACAAAACUUUUGGAUGUUAAUUUGCUCACUACAGAUGAGAUCAAAUGGAUCAAUGAUUAUCAUCAACAGUGUCGUGAUAUCAUUGGUAAAGAACUUGAAAAACAAGGACAAGUUCGAGCACUUCAAUGGUUGCUCAAGGAAACGGCUCCCAUUAUCAAUUGAUAGUUUUUGAUGCUUUAUUCUCCUUAAAAUUGAGCUUACUUAUCUAUCAUUAUCAUUUCAUUUAUAAAUUCUAAACAAACAAACAAACAAAAUUUAUUUGUAUCAAUCCAAUGCAAAA